AUGAAGCUAAGUGCCGGAAUACUCUGCAUGAAGAAGGCAGUCAAGUAUGAAGCAUGGAUGAAGCGAACUAACAACAAGUUCCAUGUGCUGAUCACAGAUUGGAGAGAGGCAAAGCCGUGCAUUCAUGCAGUCGGGGAGAGUCAGCAAGAGGAUUCGUGGCCUGAGAUGGUCAUUAUUCUUUGUGACCUGCCGAAGUCGCACGAGAACGCGGUCCAGUGGGCCGGUCGGCAGACCACAAUCAAGACGCCCAUUCGUGUUGUGUUUGAGGAUCCGGAGCAGACUCACUUUCAGGUCAUAGCAGAUUUGCUGCAAGAAUGCUACGAGAAGAUGCUCAAGCGAAGGCCCAUGUUGGUGCCGUUCAACCCCGGACUGUUGUCGCAGCCAGAAGCACUUACCUCGAGAGCCAGUGCGGCAUCUCCGGAGCCCUCCGGCAGGAUCUGGGAGGUGGCAUCUGAUGUUGAUUCUGAUGAGAUUCGGAGGGCGGUCCGAACUGGCACAAUCAUUAGCCUGUGA